AAGAACGAGAAUGUCACAUGACGGGAAUGUGUAGCUCGCUGUAGUCAGCUAUGCAACUGUGUGAUCAUGGCGGAUCCGGGAGGAGUGUCACUGGAGUCAUGGCUAAACAAAGCCACCAAUCCUUCCAACAAACAGGAGGAGUGGGAGUACAUCACUGGGUUCUGCGACCAAAUCAAUAAAGAACUUGAGGGCCCACAGAUCUCGGUCAGAUUAUUAGCACAUAAAAUCCAGUCGCCUCAAGACCGGGAAUCAUUACAAGCACUAACUGUUUUAGAAGCUUGCAUGAAGAACUGUGGGAGAAGAUUUUAUAAUGAAGUUGGAAAAUUUAGAUUUUUAAAUGAACUCAUCAAAGUAGUUUCACCAAAGUAUUUGGGAGACAGAGUAUCUGAACAAGUGAAGACUAAAGUAAUAGAGUUGCUUUACAGCUGGUCAGUUGCGUUACCCGAUGAGGCAAAGAUCAUAGAGGCCUAUCAAAUGCUAAAGAAGCAAGGCAUUGUAGCAGAAGACCCAGUGAUUCCUGAGGACAAGACCCUCAUUCCCUCGCCAAAGCCCAAGAAUCCAGUGUUUGACAAUAAGGAAAAGACCAAGCGUCUUGCAGAACUUCUUAAAAGUAAAAAGCCAGAGGAUCUUCAAGAAGCCAACCGCAUUAUCAAAAACAUGGUCAAAGAGGAUGUGGUUCUACAGCAGAAAGUUUCCCAUCGUGUCAGCAUCCUAGAGGAGGUGAACAACAGUGUAAAGCUCCUUAAUGAAAUGCUAAGUCAUUUCAAAAGAGAUGAGUCAACGCAAGAAGACAAAGAACUUCUAAAGGAUCUGUAUAAUGACUGUGAAAAACUUAGAACUGCUGUCUUCAGACUUGCCACUGAGACAGAUGAUGAUGACAGUGCCUUAGGUGAUAUUUUGCACGCUAGUGAUGAUCUCUCACGAGUCAUCAACUCCUAUAAAAAGAUUGUUGAAGGACAGACCAUUAUGAUUGACUUGCCAGGAUCAAUUGCUUCAGAACGCACCACUGACAGAACCUCUUCUGAAAUUUUGAUUAAUUUGGCUGAUUUGGACUCUGGGACCCCUUCGCCCCUUAAACAUGUUUUGACAUCAACUCAGCACUCCGAUUCUCUACCAGCUGACCUCCUUACACUUACUCCUUUAGUUGGAGCUCAGCCUUCCUCUUCCAACACGUCCUCUGGGUCAAGUUUCCAGAUCAGUCCUCCACCAAGCCAGCUUCCCAGCAGUUUUUCUCUUCUAGAUGACAAACUUGAUUCAUUAGACCUUACUAAUCUGGACUCAAACUCAAGCAAGUCGGCAGAAAGGAAUACAAAAGAAGCUCAAAGCAAUCAGUGGAUUUCUUCACAAACUUCCAAAUCAGUGAUUGAACUACUCUGCAGCUCUGCUCCCCUACAUCCUCUCAUCUCAACAGUGCCACCUGCCUCUGAAGCUACAUCAAUCUUUGAAGACUCCCUCCAGCAGAGCUGCAGAGAUUUUGCCAUGCUGGACUUGGACAAGGCUAGCAGCCAGUCCAAUUAUUCAAGCUUGGGUAGCAGAGAACUUAGAGCUGGGGAAGAGAACAUCCAUCCUGCAUUAACCACAUUGAGUUUGCCCGCUGGAAUAACACCAGUCCCUUCUGCUUUAACCUCUGCCAAACCUCAGAGCUUUGCGCCAGACAGCCCUCUCUUCAGAUCCCUCUCUCCAACCUGGCCCACCAGUCAGUCACCCUCAGGCUCGGAUAUCUCCCUGACCAGUGUCUUUGUCCAACUGGAGGCCAUUAAACCAAGUAAGGAGGGUCCAGUGACAGCCUACGAUAAGGACGGUGUUCGUGUGUUGUUGCACUUUGCUUCUGACCACCCGCUUGGUCGCCCUGAUGUUCUGGUGAUUGUGGUGUCAAUGCUGAACACAGCACCUCUGUUGGUGAGGAACAUAGUGCUUCAGGCUGCUGUGCCAAAGUCUAUGAGAGUGAAGCUGCAGCCCCCUUCUGGAACAGAAAUGGCCCCUUUUAACCCCUUCAUGCCCCCCAGUUCCAUCACUCAGAUCAUGCUGCUGGCUAACCCACUGAAGGAGAAAGUGAGAAUGAGGUACAAGUUGACAUUCAUCCUUGGAGAUCGACAGGUCACAGAGUCUGGAGAGAUAGACAAGUUCCCUCCAGUGGAAAGAUGGGGUCAUUUAUAGCUGUGUAAGCGUUAAUACUCAUGAAGACAAAU